GUGUAGUAUUGUGCAAGUGAAAAUGCGUAUGAAACCGCUAAGUCCUCGAGAAUCAGCUAAAUUGAUCUCCUAUAAGAGCAAGGACGUUUCUAUAUGCCAAAAAGGCGUAGAGGAAGCGUCUAAGAUCCUCUUUGACUGCUUCAAAUCGAAGAAAUACAGUUUUAAGAUAUGGAAAUCACACGAAUUGCACCCGAGCGAAAUGACGAAGGAGACUCUAGACUGGAUUGUUGUAUUGGAUACGUUAAACUUUUCUUUUUGGACCGAUGAAGAUAUCGAGCCGUGGACGGUACGCUACGAAGGAAAGGAUUACACAGGUUACUGGGCCCUUUGUGCCUCCAUAAACAGAGCUCUUAAGGAGGGAAUCCCCAUCACGACACCAUCAUAUUAUGCUAACAUCACCAAAACUCAGUGUCAGCACAUCUUCAGAUCAGAAACACCAACUGAAAUACCUCUUCUGGAAGGAAGGACAAGCAAUUUAAAUGAAGUUGGCAAAGUGCUAGUGAAGGACUACAAGAACUCAUUUGUAAAUGUGCUGUCACAAUGUGACCACAGUGCAGAGAAGCUUCUUGGCCUAAUCACAAGCACCUUCAAAUGUUUUCAAGACGAGUCAGAAUUUGAUGGUAAAAAAGUGUCUUUUUACAAGCGUGCACAGAUUUUGGUUUCUGACAUCUGGGCUUGCUUUGAAGGGGAAUCCCUGGGGAAGUUCACUGAUAUUACUUGCCUGACCAUGUUUGCUGAUUACAAAGUGCCGCAGUCGCUGUUGCAUUUGGGAAUCUUGAAAUAUACUGACAAAUUGAUGCAAAGGUUACAAAGUGGAGAGAUCAUUCCUGCUGGUGACAGAUUAGAAUUGGAGAUCAGAGGAAAUUCUAUCUGGGCUGUGGAGCUAAUUUACCAAGAAGUGAAAGCAAAGGCAAAGAUCGAUGCAGAAUUCAGUUUGUUGUCACCUGAGAAACUAAGUUUGAUUAUAAAUUCUGUUAUCAUUGAUUUUUACUUGUGGGACUUUGCCAAAGAAAAGUUGGAAGGGUCAACUAACUUGCCAUGUCAUAAAACAAGAACCAUAUUU